AUGGCCAGCAAAAGGUCGAAAGACAGAAAGAAAGCCCAGAAGGCCCAGAGAAAUGCCCGUGAUAUGCAAACGCCAGGACUAACGGAACCGAGCUCGGAUUCCGAAUCCCAAGCAGCCGAAUCUUCCACGGCGCCAGCAGUAGGGCAAAGGGCUCGGCAUCGUGAUAAGAAAGGCAAACAACCCCUAGCACAAAAGGCUAGAUUUGCGAGAAGUCCAACUCGGGAAGGCGACUUCGCCUCAAAUGCCGGUGAUUAUGAUUCAAAUGACGAACAUGAGGAAACAAAUCAUGGCAUGUCAGAAGAAUCUGAUCAUGGUAUCCCCGAAGACCAACCACCUGCAUUGUUUCCCUGGGUCAAACAAAUUAUCGAAAGGGAGACAUCGAACGAGUCGGAAAGAAUGGCGGAGUUUUUCAGAGCGGAAGAUCCUCAGUACGAACAAUGCGUGGAAUUCUUUGAAAGACUUAAUGGCCUUAUUCGGGAGGCAAAUCAAACGAAUAAUGUUAGCCUUGACGCCGGUAUCGUCGACCCAACUUUCUACAAGAACACGUGUAGUACCUGGCGUCAAGUAGCAAAUGAACAUCUAGCAAAGGGCUCCACAGAUGACUUUUGGGAUUCUUUCAAUCAGACUCGCAAUAUUCAAAGGCAUUUCACUCGCAGGAACUUCCUUCCUAAGACCUGGAUUCUCAGCCAAGCGUUAGCCGAGGAAAAAACUCAGACACGAAAUCCCAUGGCUGGGGAAGAUACAGGCUUCACUUAUAAUAGCGAAAAUGGCCAGCCUAGCCCGACCCGUCAGCUUUCAGAUAGUGAAUCUUCUAGUGUCGAAUCGGACAUUGAUGUCCAUAGCGAUGAACCGACAGGACUUGAUGCGUUAGAAGCAAGAACUAGAAAACAGCAACGCCAAUUGAACUCGGCUAAAGUAUUAUACUGGUGGCCUAAAGGUACUGGCUCCCAGAUAUUUGUGCGCUACGGAAGCCGGUCCAAUCCUGUCUAUCGCAUUCGGGCUGGGUCAUACGAGAGCUACAAUCCGAGUCGGGUAGAACGCGUUUUAACUUCGCAGAGUCGUGGCAAUGCUAAGGUUGUUUACAAGAGCAGAAACAGGGCUGUUGAGGAUUGGAGAUACAAACGAAAACAUGUGGAGGACUUUGUUGGUAUUGGUUGGAAGGUCGAAGAAGAUGACGAGCAGGGGCUAGAUCCUCUUCACCUCCUUCUCCCCGCCAAAGGCACUAUUUAUCCACAAACUCGGAUCCUAGUUAAAUGGAAAGACGGGACAGUUACUCUGGAAGGGCGGUCUUUUAUCCGCCGUAUAACGGUCGGCUCAGCCUUAGACGGUGAUAGAGUGAUUUAUCAAAAGGCCAAAGAUCUCGAGACUACUUACCGUAAAAGGUAUGGGUUAGACGAUAUCGAAGAGGGCGAUGAUACCGAAAGCGACGGCUCCACUCCGCCAGCUCGUGCUCGCAGCAGAAGAUACCGUAGCGAGCCUGCUCGUUACUCGAUUCCAGGAAGGCAGAAGAUGAAAAGCCGCUAUAAUUCUAUUGAAGGUAGUGAAGGUAGUGAAGGUAGCGAUUUCGAGAGCGACGCGUCUACUCAGCCGACACACUACGUCAACAGAAGAUACCGCAGUGAGCCAGCCGGUAACCCGACAACCUCAACGAAAAGACGAAAAGCUCCUGUGCAUAGAGAGGGCUCCGCGGCUAAGAUAGAGCAGCUUGAGCGGAAGAUUCGGCAACUAAGCAUGCGUAGGUCAAUGUCCCCUGAGGAUAGGCGCGAAGCGCAGUGGAGACCUCGACGCCGAGGCGACCGGGAGCGCACUGCUUGA